CAUCGCCGCCGGCAACGAGGUCUACCCCGGCGAUCUCGCGCAAUUCAUACCCCCCGCGAUGGAGAAUCUCGCCGCCGCCAAUUUAAUCAUCCCGGUCUCCACCGCGAUCUCGAUGCAGCCUCUCUCCUCCUCCUACCCCCCAUCCGCCGGCGAUUUCUCGGCCGCCGCGAAGCCGAUCAUGACUCAGAUCGGUAAUUUUUUGAAGUCGAAGGGGUACCCUCUGCUUGUGAAUGUGUACCCUUACUUCGCACGUGCGGGGGAUCCGGCCAACGUGGAUCUGGACUUCGCGCUUUUCCGGCCGGGGAAGAUGGUGGUUCAGGACGAGGGGAGGACUUACCUCAACCUCUUCGAUUCGAUGACGGAUGCGGUGUACGCGGCAUUGGAGAAGAUCGGGGCAGGGGACGUGGAGAUCAUCGUGUCGGAGGUGGGGUGGCCGAGCGCCGGAGGGAUUGGCGCCACAGUGGAAAAUGCUCAAACGAACGUGAAUAAUUUGAUUGGACACGUGGCGUCUGGUAGGGGGACGCUACGGUGGCCGGGGAAGCAGGUGGAGGCCUACAUAUUCGCGUUGUUUAACGAGAAUCGGAAGCCGGAGGGUAUAGAGCAACAUUGGGAUUUGUUUUACCCCGAUUUUACUCCAGUUUAUCCUCUUAAUAAGAUUGUUUGAUGUCAAGAUAGAUCUAUGAUUAUGUAUCUUUGAUUUAGUUAUUUACUCCAUAUUAUUACAUAA